CGGGCAUUUGCACAGAACUCUGGGAAGACGCGAAAAUGGCCGCUCCCAUCUUGAAAUGGAAGCGGGUUACAAACACUUCUGGUCCAGGACCAAGACCUCGACAUGGUCACAGAGCAGUUGCAAUCAAAGAUUUGAUGGUUGUAUUUGGUGGUGGCAAUGAGGGUAUCGUCGAUGAGCUUCACGUUUACAAUACUGCAACAAAUCAGUGGUUUGUACCAGCUGUGCGUGGAGAUAUACCACCUGGUUGUGCAGCUUAUGGCUUUGUUUGUGAUGGCACCAGAAUUCUUGUCUUUGGUGGAAUGGUUGAGUAUGGAAAAUAUUCAAAUGAGCUGUAUGAACUUCAAGCAAGUCGAUGGGAAUGGAAAAGAUUGAAACCAAAAAAUCCCCGAACAGGAUUACCCCCAUGUCCUCGAUUAGGGCACAGUUUCACUCUUCUUGGCAACAGAGUCUACUUGUUUGGUGGUCUAGCAAAUGACAGUGAAGAUCCAAAGAAUAAUAUUCCAAGGUACUUGAAUGACCUUGUUGUGUUGGAGUUGAAGCCGAACUCCAGUCAGUUACAGUGGGAUAACCCGCUGAUGGUAGGACAACCACCACCGCCGAGAGAAUCACACACUGCUGUAGGUUACGUGGAGAAAGAUGGCCGCAGACCAAGGCUUAUUAUUUAUGGUGGUAUGAGUGGAUGCAGGCUAGGAGACCUUUGGCAGCUAGAUAUUGAUUCAAUGACCUGGACAAAACCUCUUGUAAAUGGAUUACCUCCCUUGCCUAGAAGUCUUCAUUCAGCCACAGUUAUUGGAAACAGAAUGUUUGUAUUUGGAGGAUGGGUCCCACUUGUAAUGGAUGAUGUCAAAUUUGCUACUCAUGAAAAAGAAUGGAAAUGCACAAAUACUUUGGCUUCAUUGAAUUUGGACUCUAUGACAUGGGAACCAUUGGCAAUGGAAGUAUUUGAGGAUGCUCUACCACGUGCCAGGGCUGGACAUUGCUCUGUUGCUAUACAUACUAGAUUGUAUAUUUGGAGUGGAAGAGACGGCUACAGGAAAGCAUGGAAUAACCAGGUUUGCUUCAAGGAUUUAUGGUUCUUAGAAACUGAGAAGCCACCAGCACCGUCGCGUGUCCAGCUGGUCAGAGCCAGUACCAAUGCCCUAGAGGUGUGCUGGGGAGCCGUACCUACUGCAGAUGCCUACUUACUACAGUUACAGAAAUAUGAUCUUCCACCAGCCCAGACUCCAACCCCUACAGGCACACCCACAACUAACCCCCUAGUCAAGGCUUUACCUAUUCCACAACAACAGCCUGCCCAGCAACCUGUGGGUCAGGCAACACCUGUUGCACAAGUUAUUAGACAAGCUAACCCUGGAACAGCCUUGUCUCAGAUUCGCGCAGUCACAGGACAGCUGGCUGCCGGCACUUCUCCUCAUACUAUCAAAGUGACAAGUAUGACACGUCCCCAGUUGAAGGGUCCUAUUACAGUAACAACAAUGCCUGGGGCUGUAAGGGUUGCAUCACCCCAGGUUGUCAGUAUACCACAGCAGGGUCAGGCUACAAGACAGGUCGUGGCAACCACAGUUGGUUCUACAAGUGGUGGACAGAUGACGGGUAUUGCUGCCUUGGCAGCAGCGGCGGCAGCCACACAGAAGAUCCAGGGUACCAGCCAGCAGCAGACAGCAACUGCACCGGUAUCCAGCAUAAAAGUAGUCACACCUACAAUAGUAACACCACAAGGUGUCAAGGUCACUCCAGUUUCUAGACAAAUUGCGGGAACUACCAUUGGUUCUGGCAAUCAGACUAUCAGGGUAGCUCCCCCUGGAAGCACGAUCAUACGUGCAGCGAGCGGUGCACAGCUGACACCUGGCUCAAAACAGAUCAUCACAGUACAUAAAGCGGGGAAUGUAACCCAGGGGGGUAGUGGAACCGGUCAGCCACAGAUUGUAACCCUCGUUAAGACUUCACAAGGAAUGACUGUUGCAACAAGCAAAGGUGGCACAUUGCCUCAGGGAGCUACCAUAGUGAAACUUGUCACAUCUCAAGCAGGGCAGGGUAAACCAACAGCUAUAAUCACAAGCCAGGGACAUACCGGCCAGACACCAUCAAAUAUUAUAGGGCUUAGUUCAGUUCAACCACAGGCAGCAAGACCUGCUGGGCAAACCCAAACAAAGACAGUUAUCAGAACGAUUCCGUCAUCUAUGAUAUCAACAGUGAAGGCGGGACAAGCUGGAAUCCAAACUACACCAGGAGGAGCCAAAACCAUCGUAAUCGCUGCCCCAAAAGGGGGAGCUGCUGCUGGACAGACUCCAACCAAGAUCCUUUCUUCCAUGCCAAAGAUUGCUGGUCAGGGUAACACCCAGUUUAUUGUGGUCAGUCCCCAGGGAAGCAGUGUGGUGACACCAGGCGGUUCUUCUAUAGCUUCAGCUAUUGCUGGUCAGCAUAAGACAAUAAACGUGUCAGCCCUGCAGCAGACGUUAAGUGGUGUAGUACAGUCACCUCAAGUUGUGACGGCAGGUGUAGGAAAACAAAACAUCACAGUUGUAUCACAAGCAGGAGGUGCAUCCCAGAUCAUCAGGACAAUACCAGCAUCACAGCUCAUCUCAUCUUCUACUGCAACAGCCUCCUCCCUCCUUGGCACUUCCAGCCAACCAAAUGUCUCUCUCAUAUCUGGUGGCUCCACCCACAUCGGUUCCCCAUCAAUACAAGUUGCUCAGCAAGCAACUUCCAAACCAGUGCAGAUCACUAUAACUCCGCAAGGUCAGGUUGCCACUACACCAGUGGUGGUUCAAGCCUCAGAACCAGCUGCUACUGAUGAAGCAGAUGGUGCUUGUACAGAUGGUAUUCACUGUGGAACUCCACCCCCACAGGAGUGUACAGAUGGUAUUCACUGUGGAACUCCACCUCCACAGGGGUGUACAGAUGGUAUUCACUGUGGAACUCCGCCGCCACAGGAAUGUACAGACGGUAUUCACUGUGGAACUCCGCCUCCACAGGAGUGUGCAGAUGGUAUUCACUGUGGAACCCCGCCCCCACAGGAGUGUACAGAUGGUAUUCACUGUGGAACCCCGCCUCCACAGGAAUGUACAGAUGGAAUGCACUGUGGAACUCCGCCCCCACAGGAGUGUACAGAUGGUAUUCACUGUGGAACUCCACCCCCACAGGAAUGUACUGAUGGAAUGCACUGUGGAACUCCACCACCGCAGGAGUGCACAGAUGGAAUGCAUUGUGGAACUCCGCCCCCAUCAGAAAAUACACACUUUAUACCUAUAAAAGAUGGAACAUGUCCUGAUGGAAUACACUGCGGAACACCUCCCCCUCAGGAAAAUAAUGGAACCUGCCCAGAUGGAAUCCACUGUGGAACACCUCCCCCACAGGAAAAUAAUGGAACUUGCCCUGAUGGAAUCCACUGUGGAACACCUCCCCCUCAAGAAAAUAACGGAACUUGCUCUGAUGGAAUCCACUGCGGAACACCGCCCCCUCAGGGGAAUAAUGGAACUUGCUCUGAUGGAAUCCACUGUGGAACACCUCCCCCUCAAGAAAAUAACGGAACUUGCUCUGAUGGAAUCCACUGCGAAACACCACCCCCUCAGGAGAAUAACGGAACUUGCUCUGAUGGAAUUCACUGUGGAACACCUCCCCCACAAGAAACUGAAGGAAAUGUGGAAGAAAACCAAGAAAAUGUUACAGCUACAGAAACUGAUAAUCAAGAGGCAACAACAUCACAGGAAGCUGAAGGUGCUGUUGCUGAGGGACAAGAGGAAUCCGAAGCUCUUCCACUGACACAGCUUGAAACAGGAGAUGCAUUGGUUACUGGGGAAGCUGAACCAGUGGGAGAUGCACUUGCUGCUGGUGACGCCAUUUCUGCAGGAGAUAUGCUGACUGGUGGAGAGGCAUCAACAACAGCUGUUGCAGAUGAUGCUGAUGCAAUGAUGACCACAGCAGACGACGGAGAUCUACAGCAGUUAGCAGAGGGUACCGAGGCCCCAGCAGAGGUAAAAGAAGAACCAAUGGAAACAGGCGAGGCCCAGCAGGCCCAGUCUGAACAAGCAGAGCAGCCACCCGAGAGUGAACAGAGUAUAGACCCAGUUACUGGACUGCACAACGGUAUGCCGGUUCAGCUUGACACGUCUACUAGCAGUGGUCUGCUCGGUCAGUCUGUCUCUCUACCUGACCAAAUAUUCGCAACACCAAACUCUGGUCAGGACACUUCAGGUACAGACCUAAAACCAGAGGACCUUCUCCUGCCAAAGUCUGAGCCAGUAGACCUGGGACUGAUUAGUCAGGCUUCAGAUUCUGGUCAAGAUCCUCUAGCGACACUGGCCAUGGCAGCUGCUUCCUCUGCUGGUGCUGUAACCAGUGUUAAACAUGAACCAAUCAGACCUACACAAGAGACUAGGGUGCUAACUACAGUGUCUACACCAAAAAAAGAAGGGAACAUGUGGUAUGACGUUGGUAUCAUAAAAGGAACGUCCUGUCUUGUGUCAUACUACCAUCUUCCGGCCGAGGGAGGACAGGGAGAUAUAGCUGAAAAAAAGGAUAUAGAUGUGGUAUCAAUACAAGAUCACAGUGUAUUGAAGAGACAAGAGUUGUUACCUGGAACAGCGUAUAAAUUCCGUGUUGCUGGUAUCAACGCCUGCGGGAGAGGGCCAUGGAGUGAAAUUUCAGCAUUCAAGACUUGUCUACCUGGAUAUCCAGGUGCACCAUCGGCCAUUAAAAUCAGUAAAAGUGCAGAUGGGGCACAUCUUUCUUGGGAGCCCCCUCAGAAUACUGCAGGCAAAAUCACAGAAUAUUCUGUAUAUCUUGCUGUACGUAAUGCAGCUCAGCAAGCCGAACAGAAGCCAGGUGGUGCUGCUCAACUUGCUUUUGUACGAGUAUUUUGUGGACCUAGUGCAUCAUGUGUUGUUAAUUCAAAUAGUUUAGCCAGUGCUCAUAUAGACUAUACAACAAAACCAGCAAUUAUAUUCCGUAUCGCUGCACGUAACGAGAAAGGAUAUGGACCGGCAACGCAAGUCAGGUGGCUUCAAGAUGCAGCUCAAGGAGCCGCAGCAGCAGCUGCAGCAACAAACAAAUUACCUGUGAAGAGGACUGUUGAUGCAUCACAGCUGCAAGCUAUUCAGAUGAAGAAGAUAAAAACUGAUGAUGAGGCUGGCAUGUAACCACUACAACCAGUCUAGAUACCAACUUAAAAUAGAAACCAGUCUUGUGAUUUUGAGAAAGAGAACCAGUCUAUGAAUCAUGAUUUUCUAGUAAACUUAAUAGGAAUUCUUCUUGCCGUGCCUGUAAACAUUUAGAAUAGGCUAUGUUAUAAAAUGAUAAAAAGUAACUCAAAGGAGGGACCAAAAGGACUGAAAAUACAAAAUGAUAUCUUUAUCCUCUAACGCACGGCAAUAGAAUAAGUUACCUGUCAUACAAAAUAAUUUAACCUUUAAGAGAUAAUUUUAUUUACUGUUUAUUAUGCCUGUAGGUAUUGCCAUGAUUUUUUUAAGGGCUGAUAUUAUCUUUUUGUUUUAAAAUCUAUGUUAAUGUUAAAGAGUAAGAAAUGUCUCGCAUCAAAGGCAGCUUUUUGUUAUAUUUAACCUAUUAUAACAAUGCGUUUCUGAAGAAAUUCUCAAUAUUAAAUUGUCAGUUCAAAUAUAUUUAUGAGCAACAUCUUCCAGAUAUAAAAUCAUUCAUAUAUCUUCUCUUCAAACUGCAGUAGUAAAAUUUGACAUAAAAUCUCAUUUUAUAUUCCGUCUGAAAUACCAUGUUUUGUCUUAGUUUGAUAGUUGUUCUUGAAUAUUUCCUUCAGAUGAAAUUGUUUUGUUGUUAUUGAUUGUACUUAUGGCUUUAAUUGUUGAUUAAAAUGUAUGUUGUUUUGUUGUUAAUGGCUUGAGAGCUGAACGUAGAAGUGUUGUUUCUCAUUGAACUUAAACAACUCGUCAGAUUUCUGUUUCACUCUCGAUUUAUAAAGAGAUACUUGUAUGAUUUUUUUUUCCAACUGAUCUCAUUCAUAUUCCAUGAAUAUAAACAUUAUGUUUUUAGGUAAUUCACUUUUAUCUCAUUUUGUUUUCAUGUCAUAAAAUCAUAUGCCAAACAAUUUUUCAUGUGUGGAAGUUGAAAUAUUGCAAUCACUUAUGUAAAUAGAAGGGAAAAAUAUCUUUAAUGUAAGUUUUUUUAAGAGUAUAAAGAAGUUACAAUUUCCAGGGUGCAUACAUUAUGUAUAGUAAAACCUUUACAGAACAAUUAGCAUCUGCUAAAACUGUCGUGUAACUUAAACCGAAUCGCUCGCUACACAUAAAUCUGUAUGUUUCAAAUGUAAAAUGUUGCCGUCAGAAAAAGCUUUUGGAUGUGAUAGGCUAUAUAUUUUAUCAAUAGCUUACAGUAGGAGAGUAUAUUAUAAAAAAAUUGCAAAUAUUAUCCAUCCUACACUUAAAAUUGUUGGUAUAAAGAUGUCAUCGUGUUCUUUGAAGUUAAUGAUACUAGUAUAAUCACAUUCUAUUGCUGCAAAGGUUUUUGUCAUCAGGUAGUGUUUUUGUCACAAACAUUUACCUCUGGAUUAAAUUUGUUAAAUAUUUUAUUAAUAAAACAAGGAAAAAUUACACUGGAAUGCUGAUGUUUUAUACAAUAGGUUACAGUUAGUGAAAUAUGCUAAGGUAGUAGACCCAUAAUGGCGGUUGAAAGUUCCUGUGCGAUUUUGUAUUCUUGUUGGCUCUUUUGUCAUUCUUUGAUCGUAAAUGUAGUGCGUAAGUGUGAUUGUUUCGUUACAGUUAGAGAAUGCUUUAGUCACGUACGGAGAAAGCGUAAACAAUUGAAAAAAUACCAAAAUAUCAAUACAGGUCCUUUACCUUAAAUAAAUGCAAAACAAACAUCAGUUUUACAGCAAAUACUGUAUUAAAGUUGUUGCUUUUUUGUCUUUGUUAUUGUAUUAUAAUGAUUUGCAUGUUUUUCAGGAUUUUGUUUUUGUUUUAAAACAGCAAUACAUUGGUUUUAAGUUGCACUUGUGUCAUAAUUUACAUAAAUGUACAUGUUGCAUUACUGUGUCAUAAUUUAUGUACAUAUUGCAUCAUUUGUUGUACAUACUUUCAUGUUCAUAAAUGCUUUAUUUUUC